AUGCCUUUUGUCAAAGAGGUCAAGACCAACGCCUACUUCUCCCGGUACCAAGUCAAGUACCGCCGCCGCAGGGAGGGCAAGACCGACUACUAUGCGCGCAAGCGUCUUGUAGUGCAGGCAAAGAACAAAUACAAUGCACCUAAAUACCGCCUUGUCGUUCGUUUCUCCAACAAGAACAUCACCGUACAGGUUGUCUAUGCCCGCCUGCAAGGUGACUUUGUCCUUGUCGCUGCCAACUCCCGGGAACUCCCAAGGUACGGGAUCGAGCACGGUUUGACCAACUGGACUGCUGCCUAUGCCACUGGUCUCCUCGCCGCCCGCCGAGCACUCACCAAACUCGGCCUCGCUGACAAAUACCAGGGUGUCGCUGAGCCCGACGGCACGAUCUCCUUGACUGAAGCCGUCGAGGACGCACCCCGACCAUUCAAGGCCUACCUCGACGUCGGUCUCAAGCGCACUUCGACUGGAUCUAGGGUAUUCGGUGCACUCAAGGGUGCUUCCGAUGGUGGGAUUUUCAUCCCUCACUCCGAGAAACGAUUCCCGGAUACGAUAGCGAGGGCAAAUCGUUGGAUGCCGAGGUGCUCAAGAAGUACAUCUUUGGUGGCCACGUUGCGGAGUACAUGGAGAGCUUGGAAGAGGAACGAUGAGCGAUUCAAGAAGCAAUUCUCGACCUACCUCGAGUCUGGCGUCGGAUCCGAGGAUAUCGAGGAGAUCUACACCAACGCCUAUGCGGCAAUCCGCGAGGACCCUUCGUUCAAGCCGACGGACAAGGACAAGGACUGGAAGGCCGAGUCGCUCAAACACAGGUCCAAGAAGCUUACCACGAACAGCGCAAGGUCAACAUCGAGCAAAAGAUCUCGGCGUUCAAGGCUGGUCAAGAGGCUGGUCAAGACGAUGACGAGUAGAUUUCUGCUGGACUUGGCUUUUGAUUGUUAUGUUGUAUGCGCACCCCUUUUAUCUUUGCUGUACUUCCCCAUGUCGACACGCCCAAAAUAUCCUGCCCUUAGCGGUCUUACUUUGAAGCAUCAGGAUUUAGUGUGA